CCCUCUGCAUCGCAUCCGCCCGCCUGCCUUUUCCUCGACCUGCCCUCCCCUCGUCUCGGCCCACCAUGCACCCCAACCUCGACUCCUACAAGUUCGAUUACUGCGCCGAAGUGAUCAAUGCCCUUCAGGAGUGUCAUCGUACGCACCGGCUGAAGCGUUUCUUCGGUGUGUGCACUCCACUGAAGGAAAGCCUGUCCGAGUGCCUGACCCAAGAUUACCGCAUGAAGCAGGCCGAGAACAGUGCCAAGGCCCGCGCUAAGAAGGAGAAGAUGCGCAAGUUCAACGAGGAGCUUGGCAUCUGAUGCUGCAUCCCUCCGCCCGUUUCUCCGCCAUUUCUCGCCACCCUCCCCUCCUUGCAACAGGCGCCGGCCCGACUGCGUGUGUCCGGUGCAAUAGAGCCUUUCCCAAAAUGCAUACCUCCUGCCCUCCCA